AUGGCGGAUACGCUUCCCCUCGGAUACCGAUUUUGCCCGUCCGACGAAGAAGUCUUCUCCUAUUGCCUUGCGCCUAAGGUGCAGGGGCAUGUAGUGUUUCCUGAAUUCAUCCGCGAGUUCGAUGUGUAUGAAAAGGAGCCAUGGAAGUUCUUCAACGAGAACGCAGAAAAAAGCUUGUACGUCUUCACCAAGCUCAAGAUGAAGAAGUCUAGAGUGGAAAGAACGGCGGGUUCGGGAUACUGGAAGGGGGCGAAAAGCACCGACUUCAAAGUUUGUCAUGGCAUCAUCGGUCAAAAGAAGCACUUGAACUUUAAAGUGAAAGAUGGUUCCUCUUUCGACAGCCAAAACGCCGAGAAAGGAUCUUGGAUUAUGCACGAGUACUCCAUGCCUAACCAAGAAAUUGUUAUGUGCAAAAUCCGAUUUAAAAAAGAAGGCGGUGGAAAACAAGGCACUACACUGUGUCUAAGCGUGCCAAUCAGAAUUCCAGAAAAUCAUUGGCUUAAGGAUUCUUCCGACUUCAACAACAAAAUCGAUGUGCCUCACCAAGACAUCAACAUGGAACCAUCGAAGACAAUGUCAUUGUUUUCGGGUCCUCAUGUCGAGUGGAAUCCAUUGGAUCGCACAGGUUCAAAGGAGGACAUUUUGGCUUUGGAGUCUCACCCGCGCUUGGCGAUCUCUGCGUCAGAUAUUGAGGAUUUCAUCAAUGUAGGAAGGCCAAUCGAGCAAAGCUUCAUGGAUGAUGCGACAUCCAAUGGAAUCGUGAAUUUACCUACAUCCACAAUCAUGGAAGAGGAUACCGAUGGUGACGACUCUCAAUGGAUACAUAAGUACAUUAAUUUUGAUUAG